GCAAUAUCGCCAGAGACAUUCUCCAAUUGUGCAAGGCGACCUCGGGAGUGAUUAGGCGCUUGGAGAUCCCGCCGUGCUAUGUAUGCAUGAUGUCACAGUGUCCUUGAAUGCGCUAGCCCAGCACCGUCAUUGAGAGCUUGACCUUUCAGCUUCUACCACUUUUUUUAUUCUAUCAACCAAUUCAACACACAUCAUGCCUCUCCUACGACCAGCAUCUCUCCUGCGCUCAGUAGCUCGCCCUGCUGCUGUCCGGCCAGCUCUCUUCGCGCGCCCCCAAGUCCGCUUCGCUACACAGGACUACGGCUCUGGCGAAGGCAAUCCAGUUGGUGAGAAGCCGCAGCAGCAAGGACAAAACCCCAGCGAGAACAUUGAGCACCCUGGCCCACCACCACCAAAGAUCGCUCGCGGCCAGUCUUCCUCGUCGCCCAACGAGGACUCCGGCUCCUCGUCCAGCAAUUCAUCUUCGUCAUCGAAGCCAUCAGAGCAGAGCCAGUCGAACGAUGGAGCGUCGAAAACCGGCGGAGGUGACGGUAAGUCAGUCAACGGUGCCCAGCCCAAGAUCCUGAACGCAAGACCCCCUGCAACGGAGAGCGAGGAGGUGAGGCAACACAACAAGGAGAUGGAUCAGAGGGCUGAAAAGUCGCACGAGCAGCUCGGUAGUGAGGAAGCGGAGAAGGACAAGGUUUCCAAGAGCUUCUGGGCCGGUAAGUCAUAACUACACGUCGUUGGUGUUGAUGCAGCCGGCUAACACACUGCAGGUCAGGGCGGAAGGGACCGUGGACAGUAAGAAGUCACAAUGCGUAGACCAAGGGUCUUUGAAUGAAUGGACGUGUACGAUAACACACGACGUGUGCACGAAAUGAAUCAAACAAUGCAUCUGCCAUGUCUACGCUUGGGGGGCCUCAACGCCCAAGACCGCAUGCCCUUAUGACCUUCUCAAGAGGACAA